AUGGACACGGCUGGUUUCCUGGUUCUGCUGCUGAGUUCCUCUUUUCUCUUUGAGGGGAAUUGUUUGGAUGAUUCUGGACCAAAGUCUGAGUCUUCUGAGCUCUGUCCGUCUGACAUUGACUCAGUGCUGAGACAGAUGAGCGCUGCACUGUCUGCACAGCAGGUGGAGAUCAACCAUAUGCAGGAGGGGAUCAGACAACUGAAGGAGGAAAACAGACAUCUGCUGCAGGAAAACCAGGAGAACAAAGUGGAGAUCAGACAACUGCAGGAGGAAAACCAGGCCAUGAGGACAGAGGUGGACUCCCUCCUAAACAACGACAAAGCUCAAGAGGCUGCACUGGAGCGUCUGCAGACCAGCUCCUCUGUCACUGAACACAAAGUGGAAGCUCUGACUCACGACAAAACAGUGUGGCAGGUGGCCUUCUCUGCUGCUCUGGUAGAUUUUCGAAGUCAGAGCUUUGGGCCUGAUGACACUGACACUACACUGGUCUACAAACAUGUGGUCGCAAACAUUGGAAAUGCCUACAACCCACAAACAGGGAUCUUCACAGCCCCAGUCAGAGGAGUGUACCACUUCCAUGUUCAUAUUUUUGAACUCUUUGGUGGAAGUCACUAUGCGAUAGUUUCUCUGGUGAAGAAUGGGACAAAGAUGGUGACAGCCUGGGAGGUGCACUCUUCGGGUCAUGGCUCCUCCUCCAACUCCAUGUCUGUGCUGCUGGAGGCGGGAGAUGAGGUUUAUGUGGUUCUCUGGAGAAGCGCUCGUAUUUUUGACGACACGGAUCACCGCAACACGUUCAGUGGUCACCUGCUGUUCACCGUCUGA